AAUACAGGCACACGGAGGACUAACUGUCCCUUUCAACUCGUCGUUCGCCGCUAGGAGAAUAGUAUAUAGAAAGUUAAAGCUCCUGCAGACGCUCCUCCACACAAUUAUAAGCCAUUUUUAUCGCCAAUAGCUCACCCAUAUUACCGCAAGAUGACUGCCGAGCAGCAGCAGCAGAUUAAUACUCUCGGUACUGCUAGUCGCCCUAGACAGAUCCGUACUCAAUUAUUAAGCGAAGACCCGGACAGUUUAAUAACUAGCUCUAAUAUUAAGAACUACCAGGCAAAGAUAAGACGACUACGCCUUAAUAGCCUUACUACUACACAACGAAUAGCUAAGGACCUCGAAGGAGAGCCUAAUUAGGUAUCUAAGCUGCAGCGGGACUCGGAUAAUAACGCCUAUCUCUUCUUCUUCGUAUACAAGAGAGCUCUCGCCCUUUAACAGCGCUAGGGCGACGUCGUAAUAAUAGACUAUACGUAUAAUUCGAACAGCGAGAAAGUGCCUCUACUAUAUAUUGUAGGAGUUACUCCUAUGGGCCGUAGGUAUACUAUUGCCUUCUACCUGCUGGCGAAGGAAAGUGAAGCUAAAUAUCUC